AUGUAUAGGUAUUCGCUUCUUGCACACUCUAGCACGCCCCUCAUCAACUGUAUGCAAUCCUCUCAAAUCCUCUAUACACAGAGGCUAGAUAUUAGCAGCGCCACCAGUGGGAGUUGCAGGAAGGUUCGCAACCCUAAUAGCGCCACUACGGCGAUAAUGAGAACUAGGCCCAGUGUUGAUAAAUCCUGGCUCGGCGUCUGCUACGUUGAUACUGUUACAGGAUUGAAUAUUGAGAAUUGCGUAAGGUUCAGCAGGAGGUUUUCAAUUUCCAGUUUGACUUUAUACCGAACUAUGAUCGGCUGGCAGGCUCUUGGCACCGUCAAUUGUAUUUUGUUGACAAUCUGGAAGCCAAGUUUGGAAAAAAAAUGCCAAUUGAAUCUGAACAUGAUUUACAAGACGCAGGAAAGCUUCGAUUUUGGAGAAAGUGGUAUAUUCGAUGUAGAACUUUUAUCAUCGAUUAAACUUUACACUCCAAAUUUCCAAGUUCUAAUUAAGAUUCUAAUGCAACAUCGUACCAAAGUAAAAAUGGAUGAAACGAGGCUCAAUCUUGCGACCAGUAUGCACCACUGUAAAUAACCGUGCAUUCCAAAAUGAGCCAAGACUGCCCAACAUAUCGUCAUAAUGAACAGCUGAUAUGAAAGAGGCAGAUGAGAAUAUUUUU